AUGACCCGGAGCCUCUCUGGUCAGAUCCAAGCAAGUUCGGAAUCUCUGGAUUCUGGCCAUAAUGGCCCGAAGAUUGAGUACAAUCAGCCACUGUCAUCACCAUAUGAACAUCCAAUGAUCACACUAUGUAUUGGAGAGAAGAAGUAUGGUGUUUUGGGGUCCCAUAUUCGAAAGUAUCCUCUAUUGGGUCGAGGUUCCCCCCAAGAUACAUACGUCACACUUUCCGAUAUUCAUAGAGACGUCGGCCACACCGUAGUUCAUUUCUUGUACUCGGGUGCUUACGAGACGAUCAAUUCGCCACUUGAUGAAAAUAUAUCCUACAUCGAACGAGAAUAUCGGAGAAGUGUUCUGGUCUACCAUGCGUCUAGGAGGUACAACAUCACCGACCUCGAGAUCCUUGCCAAGAAGUAUAUUGAAAACUUUGACGAAGCGAUCUCUACCUUUGAAAUACUGCGUUCGGCUAGAGAAAUAUUUUCCAAGCUUCCUGACGACGAAGUCUGGCUUCCAGGCUACGUGAAAAAAGUCUUGCAGCGCUCAUUUGUGACAGGCAAUUCACGGUUCAAUACUAAGGAUCUGUCCGGAAUUUUGCAAGAAGAUUGGGACCCUUUUAGUAGAGCAAUUAUGCUAUCAGUGAUCGACAUUUUAUCAUCGCAUAUUCAAUGCUUGGAAAAGGGGACCAGAUCUCAAGCUCAUGUUGCAUCAGGAGUUUCUAAGCACGAGCUAACCUCUACUGAACAUCCGGUGGUGGUUGAUCAAUGGUCUAUUGCUUCUGAAGAGCUCCCAACUCCCGAAGAGUGCGCUGCUCCCGAAGAGUGCGCUGCUGCCGAAGAGUGCGCUGCUCCCGAAGAGUGCGCUGCUGCCGAAGAGUGCGCUGCUCCCGAAGAGUGCGCUGCUGCCGAAGAGUGCGCUGCUCCCGAAGAGUGCGCUGCUCCCGAAGAGUGUGCUGCCCCCGAAGAGUAUCCUGUCCCUGAAGAGUGUCCUGCUGAGUGGCAUGUUGGACCAAACGAGCCAGAUGCUGCGGCUGCUGGUCAGGCCGAUACCAAAGACAGCCUGGCUAAGAUCUUGCUGCCGGAUGUGGCUCUAUAUCACGAUUGGGAAACUCUGUCAUCGGUAAAGAGGAGCAAAAGGAUCAAAAGACUGAAGAAGAAAGGUCUACCGAUCCCAAACGCGAACGGCGUUAUUUCAAUUUCGUUGUUAUAA